AUGAGAGAGGCUCUUUUAGUAAGUUUUCUGGUCGGUUUUGUGCAGACCGCCGCUCCGCAUCAGCAAUUUCUCGACUUCUGGGGCGAUCUUGACGAUUUUGUAUCGGAUCUCGUUCAUCCUCGAUACCGGAUCGCCCCAAAGUGGAGAAAAAGGAUUGCGAACAAGUAUAGUCUCAGCAAAAAUGUCGUGCAAUUGUACAAAAAUGAGGGCGAUUGCGGAUCUACUUUUGAAUAUGUCGAGAUUCACGCAUUUGACGAGAUGAAAACUCCGGGUGAAAAUAUCGAGCUUCUUGGGGCGAUGAUUGAAAACUGGAUUCAGGGAGAGUUCUUUAAUUCCCCUGUUUUCCUAAAUGAAAGCGGUCUCCUUUUGAUUUCUUUUUCUAAGAUCGAGUCAUUCUACGAUCCUGAUAAAACCUACUGGUUUGAUCGUCGUCAGCCUGAAGUCUGUGCGUCGUGGAGCCACGAUCGAAUUUUCCUAAAUUCUGAUUGCAACGAAAGACACUAUGCAAUUUGUAUGUCUGGUCAGCGAGAGAUCAAGCCGCCCGCUGGUCCUUCACAGAUAACCAAUACUACAACUACAACUACAACUACAACUACAACGACAACUACAACCACAACCACAACCACGACCACAACAACAACUACAACGACGACUACAACAACGACUACAACUACAACCACGACAACAUCAGUUGGCCCGCACAUUUUGGUAAUGGGCGAAAGCUUGAGCACCGCAUUCUCCAUUUCGUUCGACGGAUCGACUAAGAAGGCAGCAGCAAUAACGGCUCCUUCUGAUGACUACCUCCAAUGGUCUCCAAACGCGCUUAUCCAGGGCGAGUUCUACAUCUUUGGUGGACAACAAGAUAAGCAAAAAGUCCUUCAACUAAUUGACUUUCGAAUCAUUUGA